UUAGACUGUAUAUUUUUCCUUCAUUGUUAACCACCAUGUGUAAUAAAAAACUGAUUAUUUUUGUUAUUUACAACUUUGCGGUUUUCAACAUAGUUCGAGGAAAACCAAAAUUGCCUUCAUUUAUAAAAGUAUGUCGCCGUUCCGAUCCCAAUCUAAACGACUGUAUAAAAAAUUCUGUCGAGAAUUUGCGUCCACUUCUAGCUAGAGGAAUUCCAGAAUUUGAUAUACCGAGUUGUGAACCACUCUGUAUACCAGAAGUGGUCAUCGAUCAAGGUUCUGGAGCUGUAGCUGUCAGGUCAACUUAUCGAGAUAUUAAAGUUUAUGGACCUUCCAAGUUUGUACUCAAAUAUGUAAAAAUUGAUAUGGAAAGAGACAGAAUAAGGAUAAAAUUGUGGUUGCCACGUUUGGAAUUGACAAGCAAAUAUACGAUGGAAGGACGAAUUCUGAUGAUGCCCAUUUCUGGCACAGGGACUAGCCGAGGAAAUUAUUCAAAUAUCGACGCCACCGUCAUUAUGCAAGGCCAGAGAGUCCACAAAGACAAUGAAACCUACUUCAACAUAAAAGAUUUUUACGUGGACUUUAACAUCGGACAUGCGACAAUUCAGCUCGACGAUCUCUUCAAUGGUGACAAAGAAUUGGGUGAGGCAAUGAAUUUGUUUUUGAACGACAAUUGGAAAAAUGUCGCAAAUGAGAUCAAACCUGUUCUAGAAGACACAAUUGCCAGCAUUUUUAAAAAGUUCUCGAACAAAAUUUACCACAAGUAUCCUUUAAAUCUACUUUUACCCAAAUGGUCUCUUGGAACUACCAUGUUUCACUAUUACAUUUUCGCAACGAUUCUGUGUUAUUUUCAUACGAAAGUCUCCAGUUAUCAAGUCAAGGAUGCUCCCCUUCUCACCAAGAGACCCCCCUGGUUGCAAGUAUGCCGAAGAUCCGACCCAGAUUUGAAUACAUGUCUUAACGACUUAUUUACUGAAAUGUUUCCACAAUUAGCAAGAGGUAUCCCUGACAUGAAUGUGGACCCUUUUGAGCCCUUAUAUUUGGACAAAGUCACCGUAAGCAAGGGCUCGGGCGCUAUCACACUUACAGGAGGGCUCUACGAUUUAGUCGUGUCUGGCCCUUCAAAUUCCACACCAACUUACACCGAAUUUAAUGAAGCUAACAAAACGUGGAAUUUUGGCCUAAAAUUGCCAUUAUUGAGUAUCAAAUCUCAGUACAAUCUUAAAGGAAAAAUCCUGGUUUUGCCCUUAGUGGGACACGGGGCCUGUGACCUUAAACUGUCAAAUGUACAAACUAAGGUCAUCACGACUGUGAUUUUUCCACUUCGGGAAGGCCGCGAAAUUGUAAAAAUUGACAAAAUGCAUGUCGAUUUUGAAGUUGGAGGAAUGAAAGUGAAACUUCAUAAUCUUUUCAACGGAAAUAAAGUUUUAGGUCAAACUGUUAACCAAUUUAUCAAUCAAAAUGCCUUAGAAAUAAUCGGGGAGCUGAAAGAUAGUAUUGGUGAUAGCUUAGCUGGUAUUUUCACGGAUAUAAUGAAUAACGUUUUUACUAAAAUGCCGACUGAUCUUUGGUUCUUGAGUGAUGAAGAGUACGAAAAGUAUCAAAAAGAAUCAAAUAGCAAAUAGAAUUGUAGAAAUAAUGUAGUACUUUGUGUAUUUUUAAUGGUGAUAUGUUUGGAUGUGACUUAAUGCUAGUGCUAUUCGAGAUCGGCAGUACAAAAUUUUUUUAAAUUCCUUUAUCUUAGGUUUUCUUGAUUAGCAUGUGUAUUAUUUUCCAAACAAGCUUCGUUGUUGUGUGUUUUUUUAAACAAUAAAAAUUUGGAUGUUC